UACACGGAAUCGAGACUCGUAGGUCGUAAGCUUAUUAGAAUAGACUGAACAUUGAACACGUAAAAGUAUAAAAUUGUCUUUGAUUGUUGCUUUUCAUUUUUAGUUCCGAUGUUGAAACAAUAGUGAAUAUAGUGAAAGUCAUUAUAAUAAAUAACAAACAAGUCCUCAAAAUGAAUAAAUUAAAAUCAUCACAGAGAGACAAAGUAAAGAAGUUCGUAGCAUUCACGCAAACUACUGAAAGUACCGCUAUAUUCUGUCUCUCGCAGAACGACUGGAAACUUGACUUGGCGAGCGAUAACUAUUUUCAGAACCCUGACGCGUACUACAAAGAUCCCGUCAAGGCAUCAGUAGAUAGAAAAAAGCUAGAACAACUAUUUAACAAAUACAGAGAUCAACAGGAGAAUGACAAAAUCACCGUUGAUGGUGUUAUGAAAUUUUUAGAAGACUUAAAUUUAAGUCCUGAAUCAAUACUAGUUCUUAUAAUAGCGUGGAAAUGUAAAGCUGCAGUUCAAUGUGAAUUCACUAAGGAAGAGUUCAUGACGGGUUUCAUAGAACUGGGGGUCGACAGCAUAGACAAGUUAAAAGCAAAGUUGCCUACUUUAGAAUCAGAGAUUAAAGAUCCUAAUAAAUUUAAAGACUUCUACCAAUUUACGUUUAAUUAUGCCAAAAAUCUAGGUCAGAAGGGCUUAGAACUCGAUAUGGCCGUAGCCUAUUGGAAUAUAGUACUCCGUGGGAGAUUUAAGUUCCUUGAUGCUUGGUGCAAGUUUCUAACUGAUCAUCACAAAAGGUCCAUACCAAAAGACACGUGGAACCUCCUAUUAGAUUUUGCUACACAAAUAGAUGAUGGAAUGAGUAAUUAUGACGCUGAAGGUGCCUGGCCGGUACUCAUUGACGACUUUGUAGAAUGGUGUCAAAAGCAGGAACUAACAGCAGACGGAGUUAAAGCCUUAGAGCCGGUGUCCGGCUAGCUGAAGCUUAACAGCUGCCCACAGAACAAAGCGAGAAUACACAAUAUGUGUAUAGAAUCAGAAAGUCAAGAGCAAAGCUUCUUAGAAGAAUUAGGGUCGUUUGUAAUACUACUACUGUCUCGCUUUGUCCUGUACAGUCUGGAGCUGUGUACAGUAGAGUGGAUCGCUAUUGUUAUUGUUUUUGAUUUGUGCAGCUGACUAAAUCAGCAAGUGACGUCGUCGGCAUCAUACGGUUGUAUUUAUUUUGAGGAUGGAUUAGAAGUGUGGACAUUUAAAGCGUUUUGGCAAUUAAGUUAGUAACAACACCUAGUACUCAACUGUAUAAAGCUCUAAGCUCUUCGUCCGUUAGAGUAAUAUUAAUAGAACUCCAGUUUCCUAAACUUUAUCGAAACUAGGAUAUAAUAUGUUGUGAAUUAAUAAAUUUUUCAUUGAAAUAUGUAGGAGAGUAAAUUAAAAGUUUCAUUUUUAAAAAGUUUUUAAUCAAACAAAAUAUUUGCAUUAUUGCAUACUAAUCUGUGAGGUUUUUAAAUUAAGAUGUAAAUAUGUAUAUACAAAUUAAUGAUAUUACUUUUUUUAUAAUAUUAAGAUCUUUCACUGUUUUCUUAUUGUUGCAAUUUUAGAAAAAAAUGUAAUAGCAUCUUUAACUUGAUCAAGUCUUUAAUUGAUUGUCAAUUUUACAAACAUAUAAACAUUGUUUUGAAUUCUUUGUAAGAGCAAAUUUUUACUAGUAACGAAAGUUUCUGUAAAUUAAUUAUAGAAAUAUCUUUGAAUAACUUUGAAGUAAUGGCAUAAUUAAUUUUGUAGUUAAACUUUACUUUCAUGGCUACUAAUUAAUAAAAAAAAAAUGAUUUAGAAAUGUUAAAAUUUUAUUUAUAUCAUUUUCAUAAAUUCAAAGUUAUUCUAUUCAUAAAUUUAAAGAAAAAAAAAUUAGGUGAUUAGAAGGUUACAUUAAAUUUAAAUUUAUUUAUUACACUUUAAGGAUAAAAUUAUUACAUUUAUAAAUUGUUAAAAAAAAAAUGUAAUAGUUUGAAACCUAAACUUCAAGGUUUUCCUUUAAACUCGAAUCAUAAUAAUGUUUUCCUUUUAAACAGUAGAUUGAGUGCAUUUUCCUUAGCUAUGUUUGUCAAUGAUCUUUUAAUAUGUAACAAAAAAAUCUGUUGAUUAAUUAAUAAUUUAGAACAUUUUAUCAAUAGAUUUUCUAAUGUUUCUAGGAGAAAUUGUUGCUUCUGUGGUAAUAUCGAAUCAAAAAUAUUUGGUACUUAGACUUAAUGUACAAAAAAGGAAAUUGAUGUAUCAAGUAUUACACUACAAUAAACUGUUAAAUAAA